UGCAGCCCGAGAAACGCUCUUCGGUCGUCGGGUCCUCUCGUUGAAUAAACCCGGAAGUGUUGAUAGAACCGACUCACGCUGCUGUUUGUACCUCAGGACAGCAACUUUGAUCGCUCGCGUUGAGAGAGGAGGGUGAUUAUUGUCCAUGGAGCGAGUGAUGGGAGGAGGAGGAGUGCUUCAGCUGGUUUUAGCCGGUGCGGGGGUCUGGCUGCUUUACAGGAUCCUGCUGCGCCUCAGACCAGGAGCUGCUCUGCAGGACGCCGUGGUGGUCAUCACCGGCGCCAGCUCGGGACUGGGCAAAGAGUGUGCGCGGGUCUUCCACGCUGCUGGAGCCCGGCUGGUUCUGUGUGGACGAGAUGCAGCUCGUCUGCAGCAGGUGGUCGAGGAGCUCACGGCAGGCUCGGCAGGUUCACAGACUCACACUCCCCGCACCGUGACCUUCGACCUGGCUGAUGCUGACUCGGUGGACGGCGCUGCAGAGGAGAUCCUGAAAUGUUACGGACACGUGGAUGUGCUCAUUAAUAAUGCUGGAAUCAGUUACCGCGGCAACAUACUGGAUACCCACACUUCAGUUCAUCGGGAUGUGAUGGAGACUAACUACUUCGGGCCGGUCGCUCUGACUCAAGCUCUCCUGCCCUCGAUGGUUCGCCAGCGAAGCGGCCACAUCGUGGUCAUCAGCAGUGUCCAGGGAAAGAUUUCCAUCCCUUACAGAUCAGCCUAUGCGGCCUCUAAACACGCCACCCAGGCGUACUUCGACUGCUUACGCGCAGAAAUGGAACGCUACGGGAUCCCGGUGAGCGUCAUCAGUCCGGGUUACAUCAGAACCAACCUGUCAGUCAACGCCGUCACAGGAGACGGAUCCAAAUACGGAGUUCUGGAUAAAACCACAGCGUCGGGUCGCGACCCCCGGGACGUGGCUCAGGCCGUUCUGAAGGCCGUCCGUCAGAGGAGCAAAGACAUCGUCCUGGCCGGACCUCUGCCUCAUGUGGCCAUCUACCUUCGCACGCUUUGGCCCGCGCUCUUCUUCAAACUCAUGUCCUCACGCGCUCGCAAGGAGCACAAACCCAAAGACGAGUGAAGCAGCAGCUCAGGAACGAGAGGAGAACAGAGAGGACAGAAAGUGAAGCUUUACACGGAGGUCACAUGGAGGAGAGGGGUGAAUAGAUCUGCAGAGAAGGGUCUUCUAAAUCUAAUAUUUUGGCUCUUUUUGGUAGUCUUUCCCGCUGGCUGCCUUUUGCUUAAAGGUCGCAUAUUAUCCAAAAUCACUUCACCAUGUUUCUCUAACUCUAACAUGUGUCUCUAGUCCGUCUACAAACCCCCCAAUGAUGAGAAAAGUCCAUCCUCUCUGUGUACUCAAACAGGCCGUUUCGAGAUUUUCCCUUCAUGACAUCACAAAGGGCAGUAGCCCCUCCCCCAGGUGGGUGACACUCCCCCAGCUAGGUGUUUGUUCUGCCCUCUGAGUCUGCCUUCUCACCGUAAACAAUAGGACAUGGAGCGAGAAAGACCGAGUACACCAAGCCCUUCCAGAGAGGGGGCGUGGUCAGACACAGCUCAUUUACAUAUUUAAAGGUACAGACACAGAAACAGCCUGUUCUGAGCAGGGCUGAAGUAGAGGGGUUUAUAGACAUGAUCAAAUACAGGAUCAGAGUGGAUUUAGAACAAGACACUUUUUUUACACACGUUUUGAGGAGCUCUGAGACUUAUUUACAUUGAAGAAGAGGAGGAGGCUAUGUGACCUUUAAUUUCUGUUUGUUGGUGAUUCCAUACUGAUAAUAAUCCUCUGCUGACACCUUUAACUGUGUCACCUCCAGGCUCAACACACUCGAUGUUAAAGUUUGUAUUGAAACUGGUUUUUCACAACAAACACAACAAACUGCAGAUUUUUUAUAACCUUCUUUAUACACAGAAUAAAAACAACUCUUACAAACUGAAAACUUUCGACAGAGCUUCUCCUUUUUAGACGUCAUCUUAAUUUAGAGUUAAACAACACUUUCUGAAAUGUUAACAAUAAAUAGUCCAAAUAACAAUUUACAUUAUGUUACAAAAAGCGCAGAGAAUACUGGAAUUUGUACAAAUAAAUCCUUCAUCAGAAAAUAAAGACAAAACCUGCUGUUUACUCUCGGUAAGAA